GAUUUACAACAGUACCACGUACACCACACCACCUGCAUUUCCUGCCCAGCGCCUUUGCGCCUCUCACACUGUUCGCCAUGUCCCGCGACUCCUCAGCAACAUACAUCCACCUCAAAUCCUCGCGACUCGCCGACCUCUUCGAAGAAUUCUGUCGACCUCCCUCCGCGACGUUCCCACCACCCAGUAACGCACAAAACGCCAACACCCAACAGAAUGGCGCAGGGGGCGGGAGCGGCGGCGACGGCUCCGGCAUGACCCAAUUACCAGGCCACUUCCUACCCUUCGAAGAGAUCCAGCUCCCGCCACACUUGAUGCCCAUCAAUCCGGAAGACGAAGACGAUGUCGUUCCCGACAUGCACGCCGCAUUCGGAAUCAAUCGCGCGCUCGGCCAGAACCAGACAAACCAAACAAGAAACGCAGGAGAGCCAGGCGGUGAGGCGAGCAACGCGGGAACACAGCGAGAACCGGUCUGGCGAGACCUGGGCUUGGAAAGUCUCGUGGCGAAUGUAAAACCUAAUGGCGGAGGAGAAAGACCCGGUGCAAGGAGAGAGGGCAAGAGGACGGGGUUGUUACUUCUGCGGUGAACACAAAAACCGAGUUGAUGAUUGCAUGCCACGCUAUGACUAUCCAUUAUGCUCUUUCAGGGACUACGACACAUUGUCUUUCUAUAUCCUCACGACAUCCACCCUAGCACGCUCGAACACAUUAUGAGGCAGAGUUCUCGCCGACGACUCGUCCUUGGCCACGA